GGAAGCUCGGACGCAUUCGGUACACGGGCUUCUCAACGGUAACCGGUCACGGAAGCGAACAUAGAAAGCAGCCAGGAAUUCUUCUGUCGCCUUCGCCGAGUCACGUGUGCGGUGUACAGUUCAUAGUCGCUCGGGUCUUUUGCAGUUUAUUCGAUUCUCAUUUUCUAUUCAUUCUUCUCUUAGGUAAAGCAACAAUGCGUAGCAUUUAGACAUAAAUACAUUAUGCCCAUGCAUUUCCUGAGAUGGCAGGUUUCAGUUUGGGCAGUCAAAAAUCCCGGAGUCACAGUCUUCAGCUCUCCGUUAAACGUGUGUAACUUUCAGGAUACGCGCCGCCAGGGGCGUGUUCUGUGGUGACGUCACAGCUCCACCCCCACCGCGACACUUUACGGCAGACCGGCUGCGCGACCUCGGCGCUGUGUUCACUCGCACCAUGGCAGAAACGAGAGUUCGAAGCGAGGAGUCCAAGAAGAGAAAGCGUGAAACGGACAGAGCUAGAUCCCGUUCAAGACUUAACAUAGGAGAUGCAUUUACGGCCUGGCGUAAACUGAGGGAUUCGAAACACUUUUCAUCGGAUCAUGAGCUGGCCGUCUUUCUACUCGACUUUUACAAGACGACACACUCAACAUCAAGUUCUGCACCUGUGAAACAGGAAGAUUUACCUUCCUCUGUGUCAACAAACCAGUUGGCUCCAUCCUCUGACAGAGUCCCAAGUAUGGACGUGAAGGUGGAACUGGAGGAGGCUCUCCCGAUUUCUGUUAACAGUAAGUCCAGAGAGCCUGGAGGAGAGACAGAAGAGGGUGGGAAUAGCCUCACUCCUGCAGAUCCUUCUGAACCCAGUCAUGAACCGGGCAGCAGGGAGGAAGCCGAGCCUUCUGAAGAAGAAGAAGAGGACUCUGAUGAUCCGGAUUACUCACCACUGUUUGGCUGCUUUUUCAAUCUCAAAAAAUACAAGGAGAAUUCUGCUUCCUUAACCCAAGACGCCACAGAUGAGACGGAGAAAGCUUCUUCUCACGAUGAUGAUGGUGAAGAAGAAGAAGAAGUCGACGACGAGGCCGAGUCUCUCCAGCCGCUGCGCCACCAUAAGAAGAACCCUAAAUGUCACAUAUGUGGGAAAGUCUUGCAUAACAACCAUUGUCUCCGGCGACACCUCCUGGUCCACACGGGGGAAAGACCCUUCAAGUGCUACAUCUGUGCCCGAGGAUUCAAUCAGAAGGGGAACCUCAAAACCCACAUGAAGGUCCACAAAGGAGAAAGAAACUGUAUCUUGCUGGGAGAGAAGCGCAACGCCAAGCCGACACCAAUCAUAGCGAAUGUAUGUGGCGAAUGUGGGAUGCACUUCGAUGAGCCACAGCAACUGGAAAAACACCGUAAAGCUCACAGGAAGCCGUUCUCCUGUGAUGCCUGUGGAAAGUCCUUCAAGUGCCCCAAAUCUUUAGAGCUGCACUCCACCAUUCACACAGGAGACUUGCCAGUCAGCUGCCCCAUUUGUCCAAAGCGCUUCCUCACGGACGCCUGGCUGAAGGUGCACAUGUUGCGUCACGAAGGGAAGAAGAAAUUCCACUGCAAACUGUGCAAGAAGUCCUUCUGGCAGUCGAACAACCUCCGAACGCACCUUAAGACGCACACAGGCCAGCGGCUGCACCUCUGCGCCGUCUGCGGGAAAAGCUACGCCAGAGCGGACACUCUGAAGGCUCAUCUGAGGGUCCACACCGGGGAGACGCCGUAUCUGUGCAGCACCUGUGGCAAGUCCUUUUAUUACAGUCAAGGCUACCAGCAACAUCUGCUGGUGCACAACAGGAAGCCGAAAGUCCAAGUGAAACCUCUGGGCCGACCCAAACGGAACCCGAGCGGUGACGGCUGAGAAAGGUUUUCAAAGAGUCGCUCAUGUUUGUUCCCUGUGAGAGACGUCACACUGGACUCUGGCGAGAUUUCUGUGCGACAGCGCCACUCACUGGUCGGAAAGUGGGAAGAGAAUGUUGAGGCGUAAGUGCCACAGUUGUGAGACGCUUCAGUGUUCGACCAAAGCAGUUUCUUACUUUCAACCACUGCAGAGAGUCACGUUACUCCCUCUGAAGUAUUUCCUCCCGUCACGGUGACUGACAUUUCAGUAUUUGAUCCCUGUUAAAACAUAACUUGGAGCGGAAGAAAUGAAUAAAUUUAUUUUUUUAAGUCUAUGGAAAGAUUUUUUUUUAAGUGCAUAUAAUUCUCAGCCAUAAACCAUACAGCAGUCUUCCUGGGUGAGUUCAAGACUUGCUUGUGAACCUUGGAACAACUGGCUUCAUCGGAACAAUUGUAAUCUGUUGGACCCUUUUUCC